AUGAGCUCGGCACUUCACCGCGCCAGCGUGCGCGCCCUGCGCACCGCACGGUCCAUGACACGUGCCGCGUCGACCUCCAACACCCUGAACAGCCCGGCAACGACCUCGACCGCCACUCCGGACGAUGCCGACCCUCAGCUUGCGGGCUACCCCCAGCUUCCCAACGUCUCGCGCCAGACCCUCCCGGCUCGCGGCUGGUGGGACAUGCAGAUGCGUCGUAACAUGGGUGACACGCUGCACGAGAGGGAAGAGCUUUACUCGAUGUGGGGUCCCGACGUUCCGCACGUAGACCCGAACAUGGCGCUUCGCCACUUCACUAUCGUCGCAUCUGGCUUCGUCACCUUCGCAUUCAUGUGCAAGUACAUCUUGACGCCCGAAAUGCCGGCCAUCAGGAGGGAGUAUCCGUUCGACGGUCUGGUGAAGGAGUUGGGCGGCUUGGAGGAGAACAAGCAACGCGUAGAGAGUCAGGAGGAGGACGAGUAA